GUAGGUAGAUCUUACUGGUAUGAACAAGCUAAGAGUGUUUUAUUAAAGAAUAUUCGCGAAGAAAGAAACUAUAACGUUGCAAAGAAUCUUAUACUUUUUAUUGGAGAUGGAAUGGGAAUAACUACUGUAACGACUGCUAGAAUCCUAAGGGGUCAGUUAAUGGGACAAAAUGGAGAAGAAACUGAAUUAGCCUUCGAUAAGUUCGAAAAUGUAGCACUUUCCAAGACUUAUAAUACAGAUAGCCAGGUGGGAGACUCGGGUGCUUGUGCGACGGCUUUACUUUGCGGAGUUAAAAGUCGCUUCGAAACCAUAGGUUUGGAUGAUAAUGCCAUUUAUGAUAAAUGUUUUAGUAGUUUCACCUCACGUAUUACAUGCCUUACAGACUGGGCCCAGCAAGAAGGUAAAGCUACGGGUGUGGUAACUACUACAAGAGUUACACACGCUACACCAGCAGCUGCGUAUGGUCAUGUUGCUAGUAGAUAUUGGGAAAGUGAUGACAAGAUGCCAGAAGAUGCUAAGAGCGCUUGUAAAGAUCUGGCCAGGCAGCUAGUGGAGGACGAACCUGGACAAAACAUAAAUUGUCAUGAAGACUGUACUAAUUUACGGGAUACUCACGGUGGUGAAGAUGUACCAGUUUACGCUCACGGACCAAUGUCUCAUUUAUUUAGAGGUGUAUUCGAACAAACUUAUAUACCACAUGCCAUGGCUUAUGCUGCAUGUAUAGGACCCGAGAAAGAUAACUGCCAUACGAGGAUGGAAGCUUACAUCAAGAGAAACGAAGCUUGCCCACCAGCGGAACUAAGAAGCCAAGCUGAAAGGCACAGUUCAUCAUAUUCGUGGAUAAUAAUUCUAAUAUGUACGAUAAUGGCUACGUGAUAAGAGUUUUUACAGUGUAAAAGAAGAAGUUAAUUUAUUUAAAUAUGAAAUUUUUUUUUCAUAUUGGAGACCUCAUUUACAAGCUGGAAAUCAUCUUGUAUAAAGACUUGAAAACAACUAUUUUUUAAAAAAUCUUAUGAUAAUUUUGGGUAAAUUAUAAUAAUUUAAACCUAAUUAACCAUAAAUAUAUUAACAAAUAUCAAAGUUUGUUAUCAUUUUAGGGUAUAAAAAAUAUAUAUAUUAAUUAAUGAACUGUUAAUUAAGAAUCGAAUAAAUAAAAUUAUUGUUUA